UCUCUCUCUCUCUCUCUUUAUGUUUCUAUAUCUGUCUCUCUAAUCUCUGUAUCUAUAUUUCUCCAUUUUCGUCUUCUUGAGAUCUUUUUAGGGUUUCUUGGACACCUGACAAGAGAAUUAAGGCAAGUUUAUAUAAUCUCUGUCGCUGAUCCCUUGGAAUCUGAUGUAUGUAGGUUAUCGUGUCCUGUUACGGCUGAAAAUUUGGAAGAUUGAUAAAUUUAUUUGUAUUGCGUCGUUUCUCUUGAAUUCUCUGGUUUUUCCUGAAGUUUCGGGGUUUGCUUGAUUAUGUCGAAUUGCUUACCUUGGAUCCGUAUAAUUUUGGUUAAAUAACUUUUUUGAGGAUAAUUGGAUUUUGUGAUUGAUACUCUGAAUUCGGGAAUUAGGGAGAUUCUUUGAUCUGGUGGAAUUGAAGGAUAUGGUGUUUGUGGAAUUUGGCCUUGUAAUUACCUUCCUUUUUGGGUUGGAUUAUGUCGGGAAUUAGUGAAGAGCUCGACAGUUUGAUUUGUUUCGUUUAUCAGUCUCAGGGGAAUUUGGUUGGGGAUCUCCAGGAUAUCUUUAGUUAAUUGAAUUUCAAUUAAUUAAGGUUAAAGUACUUAGGCUUCUUUUGGGAAUCAUUUCUUCCCUUCAGUCAAACUGCGUUGGAGUUUGGUGUUUGAGGUUAUAACUUGGAACAAUCGUCCGGGAUUACAGAUUUCGAGAAAGGUCUACGGGUUUGGAGUUUGUUUGAAGGAAGUGAAUGUUUGGGAAGGAACAUGGCUGCAGGAACUGAUCUUUCACCCCCAUUUACCGUAUUAGAAGGUGGGUACAAUAAGGACAAUGGACCUUCCAUGGGAGAUGAGAAUUCUGAGAUGUCUGAGAGCUUGAAACAAAUGAAGACCGGGAAACCUCCACGGCACCUUUCUGUUAUGCGGCAUUGUGUGAGCUCAGCUCGGUUGGCCUCAUCUGAAUGGGGACUAGAUAUUGUGGGAAUAAAGUCACCAUUAGAAGGAAAAUCUGGGUUUUUACCCCUAUUUCGUUCUGGAAGCUGUUCUGAGAUUGGACCAAAACAGUACAUGGAGGAUGAACAUACUUGUAUAGAUAACCUUGUUGAACAUCUUGGUGCGAACGGGAACUUCCCUUCUCCAGGAGCUUUCUAUGGGGUGUUUGAUGGGCAUGGUGGUUCAGAUGCAGCAUCAUUCAUUAGAAAGAACAUUCUUAAAUUUAUAGUUGAAGACUUCCAUUUCCCCUCUCGCAUGGAGAAGGCUAUUAAGAGUGCUUUUGUGAGAGCUGAUCAUGCUUUUGCUGAUGCCCAUACUCUUGACAGUUCCUCUGGCACCACAGCUCUGACUGCUCUUAUUUUUGGAAGGAACAUGCUGAUUGCCAAUGUUGGGGAUUGCCGAGCUGUGUUGGGUAAACGUGGAAGAGCAAUUGAGCUCUCCAAAGAUCACAAACCAAAUUGCACAUCUGAAAGACUAAGAAUCGAGAAACUGGGUGGCAUUGUUUACGAUGGGUAUCUUAAUGGCCAGUUGUCGGUGGCACGGGCCCUUGGAGACUGGCAUAUGAAGGGCGCCAAGGGAUCAGCAUGCCCCUUAAGUGCUGAGCCAGAGUUGCAGGAUACCAUUCUAACAGAGGAAGACGAGUUCCUGAUAAUGGGCUGUGAUGGACUAUGGGAUGUAAUGAGCAGUCAGUGUGCAGUGACAAUAGCAAGAAAAGAGUUGAUGCUUCACAAUGACCCGGAGAGAUGCUCAAGGGAACUGGUGAGGGAGGCACUAAAGCGCCACACGUGUGAUAAUCUGACAGUGGUUGUGGUCUGUUUCUCCCCUGAACCACCACCUCGGAUAGAGAUCCCUAAAUCGCGGGUCCGGAGGAGUAUAUCGGCUGAAGGGCUGAAUUUUCUGAAGGGAGUUUUGGACAGUAACGAGUGAUAGAAGAGAAGGAUGUUUGAUGGGCUGUAUACAAAUUUUAAUGGGGGGAAUGGAAGAUGAAUUGAAGUUCACCACACUGGUGGUGGUGUUGGAUGGGUGGAUAUGGAUUUUUUCCUGGCUGCUAUGCACCUUGGCCUUGGCUGUAUUUUUAGUAAGUCUUCAACCUCAUUCAUUCAGGGGAAUAAAAAAGAUGUUGCAUGUAAAACAUUUUUUCGGUUGAGAAAAAGCCAGUUCAGCUGAUUUAAAUUAUUUUUGUAUGAAAUCAAUUGAAAAUGCCUUAGCUGUUUCA